UGACGCCACAUGUGCUGCUAGCCCUGUUUUUCUCGCUGUUGACAAGCACAAUACUAUUUAGUACCAUUUUUUUCAUGCCAUAUUUGCUCUCUUCUCUCUUUGUACUAACUUGGACAUGUCAGUGUCACUGCCCUUCUUCUUGUUAAAAACUGUGCCACAACCUCUGUCACCAAACUCCUCAAGCUGAAGCUAGCACAUGUUCAGAGGCAGUUUUGUUUCAUCAGUCUGUAGUUAGCAUCUAUUUUUAUAGCUUCUAUUCAACAAGUUGCAAAAAAACAGCCUUUGCCUUAACCAAAAGAAAAACUCUUUUUUACCUUAACUCAGACAACUGGUUUGGUGAACCAUGAAGAACAGUAUUCCUGGUUUGGAUUUUGAGAGUGAUGCAUGUCUCACCAACCAAAGAAAGCUCAUAGGGCCGGACCAAGAACUUGUAGAGCUCCUAUGGCAAAAUGGGCAAGUAGUGAGGCACAACCAAACACAUAGGAAGCCACUUGGGAAUUCAUCUAACUUGAGACAGGCGCAGAAAACUGAUCAUUCAACAUUAAGGUCUAGUGGUCCCUAUGGAAACUCAAGCAACUUGGAUCAAGAAGAGGCCACCCCAUGGAUCCAAUUCCCACUUGAGGACCCAUUGGAACAAGACUUUUGUUCAAACCUUUUAUCUGAACUACCACCAACUUGUGAAUUUGAAUCUUACAAGCCAAUCAAGCAAUUGGAAGAGGACAAGUUUACCAAUUUUUUUGCUUCUAGUACCCCCCAUCAUCCUACUACUUCAAGUUCAAAACCACUACCACCUAACAUGACAUCCUCAUGGGUUCAACGAAUCCAAGGGAAUCCUAAUCCCAUGCCUGCUCCAAGAUUUCAUGUUCCUGAUUCAUCCCAGAAAGACAAUGACUUAGGUGCAUCACGAAAGGUUCUAAAUUUUCCUCACUUUUCAACACCCCGUAAUAAUGUUUCUUCAGCACCUGGUAGUACACAGUUUAGGGAAAAAACUACUGCUAACUUGUCACAAAGUGAGGCUAGAGAGGACUCAGUGAUCACAGUUGGUUCAAGUCACUGUGGCAGCAGUCGUAUCCCUCAGGAGCAAGAUGUAAGCAGGGUUUCAAGCAGUGGUGUUUGGGCUACUAAUAAUAAUAAUAGUUUAUCUGCUGAGCCUGAAGCUGUCAGAGAUUGUGUCCAGAGACCAAUUUGUCCUAGGAGUGACAAAGGAAAAUCAGAGAUGAUUGAACCAACUGUGACUUCAUCUUCUGGUGGCUCAGGCAGUACCGGUAUUGGAAGAACUUGUUCCCUAUCAACAAGAGAUCAUGGCCAAAAGAGAAAAGGGACAGAAGAAGAAGCAUCUGAGGAACAAAGUGAGGCCACAGAACUUAAAUCAGCUGAUGGAAACAAGGCUUCUCAGCGGACGGGGUCUUCCAAAAGGAACCGUGCAGCUGAAGUGCAUAAUCAAUCAGAAAGGAGAAGAAGAGAUAGGAUCAACGAGAAGAUGAGGACAUUGCAGCAACUGAUACCUAACAGUAACAAGACAGAUAAAGCAUCAAUGUUAGAAGAGGCAAUCGAAUACUUGAAAUCGCUUCAGUUUCAGCUUCAGGUAAUGUGGAUGGGGUCUGGCAUGACACCAGUGAUGUUCCCAGGAAUUCAGCACUAUAUGUCACAAAUGGGUAUGGGAAUGGGUGCACCUUCCUUGCCUUCCAUUUACAACCCGAUGCAAUUGCCAAAAGUGCCACAUGAUCAAGCCAUGUCUGUGCCUCAGAUGCCAAACCAGAAUUUAAUGUGCCAAAAUCAAGUUUUGGGUGCCUUUAAUUACCAAAACCACAUGCAAAACCCUUGCCUUCCAGAACAAUAUGCACCUUACAUGGGUUACCAUUUUAUGCGAAGUGCCUCUCAGCCUAUGAAUGUGUUCAGAUAUGGUUCCCAAGCAGUGCAACAUAGUCAAACAAUGAUUGCACCAGGCAAUAAUAGCAGCGGACCCAUGAGUGGAACAGCUAAUAUUGAUGAUGCUGUUAGUGGCAAAGCAGGUUCUUCCACCUUUAACUGAAUAGUGUGGAUAGCAAUACCUUAAAAUUACCCAAUUGAGGGAAUUAGCUAAUGGAGGACGUCAAUCCCACAAGUUCCAAUUUUAUGUAGUUUGGAGUUCCUGCUAUUUAUAUCCAAUUUAAAGUUUGUUGUUUAACAUAUCAGGCAAGUCCUUGAUUGUGGGUCAGGCAUGUAAUCAGCUCCUAUAUGGAACCCAUCAGGUUCAGGCAUUUCAUGUAUUGUUUAUAUGAGUUAAUAACGUGCUAAUUUGUACUUCUAUCUGAACUUACGAUAACAGUUAUUAUAUUUUACUAUCAAUACCAUAGACUAGGGAAUUAAAGCUUCAAA